AUGUCGUCCAUCGAGGAGGGUACGUCGGCAUCCGGUGCGCAAGGGCUUCUGUACCAGCCAUAUGAUCAAUUCAUGCUCUUCGGGGACUCGAUCACCGAGUUCUCCUGUAACCAGUCGAUGGGAUUCGCGUUCCAUCCGGCGCUUCAGAAUUCCUAUAUACGCCGACUGGAUGUAAUAAACCGCGGUUUCAGUGGCUAUACAUCUGCAAAUGCCCUCCAGGUGCUCCCAAGCUUCUUCCCGACUCCCCGGACAGCAAAGGUCCGGCUAAUGACAAUCUUCUUCGGCGCCAAUGAUGCCUGUCUCCCGGGAAAAUUCCAACACGUCCCGCUAGGCGAAUACAAAAAGAAUCUCGAGAAACUCAUCGAACACCCCGCGGUAAAAGAGCAGAAUCCCAGGAUCAUCAUCAUCACCCCACCCCCGGUGAACGAGUACCAGUUCUUUGACAUGGAUGAUCCCAGCAGGAUAGCAAGUAACACCAAGCUCUACGCGGAGGCUGCACGUGAAGUCGCAGGCUCGCUUGGUGUGCCUGUUGCGGAUAUCUGGACGCGUUUCAUGGAGGCAGCUGGGUGGCAGGAGGGGCAGCCCUUGCUAGGUUCGAGGGAUGUACCUGAGAGUGAAAAGCUGCAGAGCUUCUUGACUGAUGGAUUGCAUUUGACUCCAGACGGAUACCGGAUUGUGUACGAGGAGGUCAUGGAGGUGAUUCGUGUAAACUGGCCGGAUCAGACGCCUGAACAGCUGUCCAGGGUGUUCCCUGGAUGGCAGGAUGCCCCGAAAUGA